GGUCAUGAGUACGCCGGUCUCAGUAAGAAACAUGGCGGCCGUCAGCAAGUACUUGACAACCAAGAACUCCGCUGUGGCUGGCGGUAUCCUACUCGUUUUAUACUUCCUGAAGCAGAGACGAAAAUCCGCUGGACUGAACAGGAAGAAGGGUUCUUCAAAUGAUCUGAGCAGUGACCAGAAAGAUGGCAAGAAAGACAGAGCUGCUGUGGACAAGCUCUUUUUCAUCCGGAUCUCACGGAUCGUCAGGAUUAUGGUGCCAAGAUUAUUCUGCAAAGAGACAUGGUACCUGUUCCUGAUCGCAGUGAUGCUUGUGACUCGGACCUAUUGUGACGUCUGGAUGAUUCAGAACGGCACUAUGAUUGAAAGUGGAAUCAUUAGCAGAGAUAUCAAACUAUUCAAGAGGCACUUUUAUUCCUACCUGACUGUCAUUCCUGGGAUCGCUCUGGUGAACAGCUUCCUGAAGUUGGGCCUAAAUGAACUGAAGCUGUGCUUUCGCGUGCGACUUACCAAACAUCUCUACGAUGAGUACCUGAAGGGUUAUACAUACUACAAAAUGGGAAACCUGGAUAACCGCAUUGCUAACGCUGAUCAGCUGCUGACGCAGGAUGUGGAAAAGUUCUGUAACAGUGUGGUGGAUCUUUACUCCAACCUCAGCAAGCCCCUGUUGGAUAUCGGUUUAUACAUUUUCAAAUUAACAACAGCGAUCGGUGCUCAGGGUCCCGCCACUAUGAUGACCUACCUGCUGAUCUCCGGCCUCUUCCUGACCCGUCUGCGCAGGCCGAUCGGUAAGAUGACAGUGACUGAACAGAAGUAUGAAGGAGAAUACCGAUAUGUCAACUCUCGUCUCAUCACAAACAGUGAAGAGAUUGCCUUCUACAAUGGAAACGUAAGGGAGAAACAGACAAUUCAUUCAACCUUCAAGAAACUGGUCGAUCAUCUGCACAAUUUCAUCUUCUUCCGUUUCUCCAUGGGAAUGGUGGAUAGCAUUAUUGCCAAGUAUUUCGCUACCGUUGUUGGGUAUUUAGUCGUCAGUCGUCCUUUCCUUGAUUUGUCUCACCCUCGACACCUGAACAGCUCACACGCUGAACUGCUGGAGGACUACUACCAGAGCGGCCGAAUGCUGCUGCGUAUGUCACAGGCGUUGGGCAGAAUCGUUCUUGCCGGCAGAGAAAUGACGCGUCUGUCAGGCUUCACCACACGCAUCACUGAGCUCAUGAAGGUCCUGAACGAGCUGAAUUCUGGGAAAUACGAACGCACCAUGGUGUCUCUGUCAGAGAAAGAUGCUACAGAAAAGCUCACACUGAUACCUGGAAGUGGAAGAAUCAUCAAUGUAGACAAUAUCAUCAAGUUCGAUCACACGCCCCUGGCUACACCUAAUGGAGAUAUUCUGAUUAGAGAUCUGUGUUUUGAGGUGAAAUCCGGAGCCAAUGUUUUGGUGUGUGGUCCCAAUGGGUGCGGAAAGAGUUCACUUUUUCGGGUUCUUGGAGAGUUAUGGCCGCUGUUUGGUGGGAGUUUGACGAAACCAGAGAGGGGGAAGCUCUUCUACGUCCCUCAGAGGCCUUACAUGACCCUCGGCACACUGAGGGAUCAGGUGAUCUACCCAGACACCCAUGAGGACCAAAAGAAGAAAGGCAUCUCUGACCAGGUGCUGAAGGAAUACCUGGAUAAUGUCCAGUUAGGUCACAUUUUGGAAAGAGAGGGGUCGUGGGACAUGGUUCAGGACUGGAUGGAUGUGCUCAGUGGAGGAGAGAAGCAGAGAAUGGCGAUGGCCAGACUCUUCUACCAUAAACCCCAGUUUGCCAUCCUGGAUGAGUGCACCAGUGCUGUGAGCGUAGACGUAGAGGAUUACAUCUACAGUCACUGCAGAAAGGUUGGCAUCACCCUGUUCACAGUCUCUCACAGAAAGUCCCUGUGGAAGCAUCACAAGUACUACCUCCAUAUGGAUGGAAGAGGAAACUACGAAUUCAAACCCAUCACCUCUGAAACUGUGGAGUUCGGCUCUUAGAGGAAAAACAACUGCACUAUACUAUCAGCAGCCCUAGUGAUGGCCCCUAACUGUUCACUUCUUAAAGUGAUAGUUCACCCAGAAAUGAAAGUUCUGUCAUCAUUUACUCUUUCUUCCGAUGAAAGCAAAAUAAGGUAACAUUUGAUUGUAGCCAUUGGCUUCCAUAGUAUGGAAGUCAAUGAAGACCAUCAACUUAGUUACAAACAUUCUUCAAAAGAUCUUCUCAAAUGUUCAACAAAAGACAGAAUCUCGUAAAAGUUUAGAACAACUUGAGGGUGAGAAAGUGAUGACAGAAUUUAAAUUUUUGAGUGAACUUUCCCUUUAAGUAGUCGCCUGCCAACCUAGGGAGUUUGUUUUUAAUCAUCUAUAACCUUUUUGGGAUGAAAUUGUGUUUAGAGAUUUAUUAACGCUACUUUUGUCCUUAGUGAUUGUAUAUAAUUUUGUAAUUUAAGCAGUUCAAUUUAUAAGACAUCCGUUAAGUAUGCGUGGGUGCGUGUACCAAGGAAAUACGUCUUGAGUCUGUGCACUAAUUUGUUAAUAAAUGAAAUUGGUCUGUAUAGGUGCACACAAAUCGAUGGCACUGGACUGAACUGAGCGUUUAAUAUGCUAGAUACACAAUAAUGAUCUAAUAUUGCCUUUUUCUCAUCAGCUAAACCUUUCUUUAAGCUACUAAGUGGCCUUUCGUGCUCACUGCAGCGUGGUUGGGUGGUCUGGAUGUGUGCGAGUUGUUUUUUGGUGCACUUUACAUGGUAUGGUAAUUUGGACAACCAGGGAGCCUUGUAUAACCGUUCGGUGUCUGUAAUCGAUGAGAAGUUGCCUAUGCACUUGUUUACUCCAGCAUUGUUGGCAUUUCUUGAUGUGGAAGGAAUCUGGAACGGUUAUGUAAACUGUAAGAAAUAUUGUCGUAGCACUUCACACAUUAAGCAAAUGAACCACUUUGCUGUAUGUUUUCAUUAAAAAAAGGAGAUAUUGAUACUACUUAUAGUAGUCUGUUAGUGGUCUUUUUUUUAUCUCGAAGAAAUGGUUAUAGAUUGUGUUGAUGAUUUUGUGUGUGUGUGUGUGUGUGUGUGUGUGAAUUCAGUUGGACUGGUUUAUCGCACAUUAUGAAACUGGUUACUUUAGGAAAU